AUGGGCUUUGAAGGUGUCUACACUGCUGUGUACGACUACACACCACAAGGAGAAAAUGAGCUAGCAUUUGCCGAAGGUGACUUGCUGUACAUACUGGAUAAGUCCUCGGACGACGGCUGGUGGAAAGCAAAGAAGAAAACCGCCGAGUUUGAAUCCGAAGAGCCCGUGGGACUGAUCCCUCACAACUAUGUCGAGAAGGCACAACCAAUCCAACGAGCAAAAUCCAUCUACGACUAUACGCGACAAACGGAUGAGGAGGUGUCGUUUGCAGACGAUGUUCAUAUCUUAAUCUUUGACACCUCUGACCCAGACUGGACUCUGGUCCAGGUAAAUACCGAGUAUGGAUUCGCUCCGUCGAAUUAUAUCCAGGUGAUAGGCGAUAUUGAAGCUCCCGGAGCAGACGCUGCAGCUUCUCCAGCUGUUGCGGCCCAAGAAGAAACCAGAUAUGCUGAGCCCGAGCCGGAAACGCAACCGGAGCCGGAGCCGGAACCCGAACAAGAAGCGCCUCCUGCUCCUCAAGCCUCAAAACCACCUGCUGGUCCUGCCGCAGCCCUCGCCGGAAUACUUCACAACCAACAACCAGGCGAAUCUCGAUCAAUCCCUGCUCUUCCAUCUCGUGAACCUCAAGCGGCAGCGCCGGCGGUGGAGCGCGCGCAUGAAGAUCACGAAGAUGAAGCCCCUGCUCCUGCCCUUCCGCGCCGUCCGCAAUCCCAAGAGGAAUCUCCAAGAGAACAUUUGCCGUCGCCUAAGGAAUAUCGACGUCCUCCGUCCCCUAGAGCCCAUCUGGACACGUCAACAGGCUACUCCCGAGAUAGAUCUCGUGGGCGAUCCCCUCACGAUUCUCUCAAGGCAGAAUCAACAGGUGUCCAACCUUCUCCUCCUUAUAGCAGGUUGGCCCUUCGAGAUGACAUUUACCCCCGGCACACAUCGACUUCACCUUCCGGAUACCACAUAUAUAAUAUCAGUGAAAUGAUAUCGAUCAUGGGAAAGAGGAAGAAGAUGCCGACGACACUCGGAAUCAAUGUUGCAGCUGGAACAAUAUUUAUAUCACCAGAAAAGUCAGAGGACGGUCCUCACCAGGAAUGGACUGCUGAGAAACUAAAACAUUACUCUAUCGAGGGGAAGCAUGUGUUUGUCGAUCUUGUCCGGCCCAGUAAAAACAUCGAUUUCCAUGCGGGAGCCAAAGAUACUGCACAGGAGAUAGUGGCUGCUCUUGGUGAAAUCUCUGGCGGAUACAGGGCCGAAGGGCUGAGAGAGGUCAUCGCAGCUGGCACCAGCGGCGCCAAGAAGAAGGGAAUCAUUCUAUAUGAUUUCGUUGCCCAAGGUGAAGACGAGGUUUCUGUGUGUGUUGAUGAUCAAGUCGUAAUCCUGGACGACUCGAGAUCUGAAGAAUGGUGGAUGAUCCGACGACUAAAGAAUGGAAGGGAAGGCGUUGUUCCUAGCAGCUACAUUGAAAUAACAGGGGUUGUGGACUCUGGAUUGUCCGGCGUAACUGCUGGGAUGUCGUCUGUUGAACAGAACAGGCUUGAAGAAGCACGUUUAGCUAAACAGGCAACCCGCUCCUCAAAGAGACAAGACUCGGAUGGGACGGGGUCCAUAGAGGUAGGCCCAGGUGUGAAAUUGCCGCGUAGACGGAGCAGUCUUGGAAGAAUUGAUGGUAACGAACAAUCACAGCGCCAGAGACGCGAAAGCAAAUCAUCAAAAUCAAAGCCGAAUCCCGCAAAAACGAGAAAAUGGACGGACAGAUCUGGCACUUUCACUGUUGUUGCCGAAUUCAUUGGCCUGGCAGAUGGCAAAAUGCACCUUCACAAGCAGAAUGGCGUGAAAAUUGCAGUCCCAGUGUCCAAGAUGUCCAUUGAAGACUUGGAAUAUGUUGAAAAGGUCACCGGUGAGUCUCUCGACGAAGAUAAGCCACUAUCUGAUAUCCGCCGCCGCAGCCAAAUGGGAAACGAGCGCCACAAAGUUGUCGGUGCUUCCAUAAAGAAGGAGCCCGAAUACGACUGGUUCGACUUCUUCUUGAGAGCUGGAGUUGGGCCUCAUCAGUGCGAACGCUAUGCAAGCAACUUCACCAAGGACUCAAUGGACGAAUCGGUCAUCCCAGAUAUCACUUCGGAUGUUCUUCGCACCUUGGGCUUAAAGGAAGGUGAUAUAAUAAGAGUGAUGAAAUAUGUCGAUGAGAAAUACAAGCGGAAGGCCAAGGGAGGCCGGAACGUCACAUUCGCGGAUGGUGAAGAAGAGCCUGCCAGUGGAGGUCUGUUCUCCGGUCCUGGCGGUGCACUACGAAAUAAUACCCGCAAGGGACGUCCUGCCCCAGCAGCUCAAGCCAGUGACGUAGUUGAUCCAAAAGCGUUUGCUCCAAAGGACAAAUCCGCGUCUGCUGAUGGAAAAGAUAAGGAGAAAGACGGACCUGCAGGAUUUGAGGACGACGCAUGGGAGGUCAAGACACCAUCCAAACCUGCGGCUUCAACCGCCCCAUCCUCUGCUCCAACUACUGCUGCAAGCCAGCCAGCAUUGACCGGCGCUAUGGCAGAUCUCUCUUUACUUCAAACCCCCUUGGAACCCACGAAAACUGCUCCAGCUCCUACAACCAAGCCAGCCGAGCCGGCAAUUACCCAGCCUCCAGCGACUCAAGCACCGCCGGCAGCACAACCCCAGAAACCAGGUGCAAACCCUCAGUUCUUUACACAACUUGGCCAGCCUCAGAUGCAGGCUAUUGCACCGCAGAUGACUGGCUACGUCCAACCCCAACUGCAGCCCCAGCAAACUGCUAUGCCACCACGACAACGGCCUCAGCCUCCUGCUACAGCAGUUGGUCAAGGAUUCCUCACUCCUCCACCACCCCCUAGACCACUCUCUGCGCCCAAUAACCCUCCAAACGGCUUUGUAACGCAGCCGCUACAACCUCAACUCACCGGCAUCCCGUCCACAGCUCCGCACAUAGCCCCUCCAGGCCACAGCCUAGCAGAACUUAAUCAACAGCGGUUCCAGCAACAGCAGUUGGUGUCUCAACCAACAGGAUUCCCUUCUCAGGUUCCGGCGAUGACUGGACAGUUUGGACCCCAAAUGCCACAGCAACAACCCUUCAUGAGCUCUCAGCAGUUCAUGGGUGGUCAGCAGCAACCUUUCCAGACCACUUCGCCUGUGCAGCAGCAAACGUUCCCAGCUUUGGCUCCUCAGCCCACAGGUUACGCCCAGUUUGGACAACAACCACCGCCACCAUUGCCAACCGGUUCAAUCAACUCUGUUCUUCCUCCUCCCCUCCAGCCCCAGCGCACAGGUGCAAACGGUUUUGGGGUGCCUCCAACAAGUUUCACACCAUCACCACCGCCAAUUCCACAGCAACCUGCAGCUGCUCCACUUCUACCUCAAAAGACAGGCCCUGCUCCUCCUGUACGUUUCGGUGUCCACAAAGAUGCUCCGAAGAAGAUCAUGCCUCAGCCAACUGGGAAGGCAAAUCUUGCUCAAGCUAGUACGUUAUCCUAA